AAGCACACAUGAGAAACAAGCAUCAUAUUUGCCCUACGGAAAUGGCAAGUUUCCAGCACUUGUUUUUAACCAUUCUGAGGAGUCGACACAAGUCCCGGCAUCUAUGCAACGACCAUAGUGCUUGUCAAUUAUCCCCACCGGCCGAUGGCGUCUAGCAAGCCGACAAACCCCGAGAUAGACAAUGACAUGGAGUGCUCCUCCCCGGAAUCGGGGGCCGAGGACGCCGUGGAGUCGUCGUCGCCGGCGCCGGCGCCAUCUUCGCGCUUCAAGGGCGUCGUGCCGCAGCCCAACGGGCGCUGGGGCGCGCAGAUCUACGAGAAGCACUCGCGGGUGUGGCUUGGCACGUUCGCGGACGAGGAAGCCGCCGCGCGCGCCUACGACGUUGCCGCGCUCCGCUUCCGCGGCCGGGACGCCGUCACCAACCACCAGCUCCCGCUGGCGGCGGAGGGGGGCAGCUCGUCGUCCACGAGCGAGCUCGCCUUCCUCGCCGACCACUCCAAGGCCGAGAUCGUCGACAUGCUCCGCAAGCACACCUACGCCGACGAGCUCCGGCAGGGCCUGCGCCGCGGCCACGGGCGCGCGCAGCCCACGCCGGCGUGGGCGCGAGAGUUCCUCUUCGAGAAGGCCGUGACCCCGAGCGACGUCGGCAAGCUCAACCGCCUGGUGGUUCCAAAGCAGCACGCCGAGAAGCACUUCCCUCCGACGACGGCGGCGGCCACCGGAAGCAACGGCAAGGGCUUGCUGCUCAACUUCGAGGACGGCCAAGGGAAGGUGUGGCGGUUCCGGUACUCGUACUGGAACAGCAGCCAGAGCUACGUGCUCACCAAGGGCUGGAGCCGCUUUGUCCGGGAAAAGGGCCUCCGCGCCGGCGACACCGUGACGUUCUCCCGGUCGGCGUACGUGAUGAAUGACACGGAUGAGCAGCUCUUCAUCGACUACAAACAGAGUAACAAGAAUGAGGAGGCGGCUGACGCGGCCAAGAAUGAGUCCGGCCAUGCCGCCGUCAAGCUCUUCGGCGUCGACAUUGGCGGAGGUGGGAUGGCGGGGUCAUCAGGUGGGUGAAGAGCAAGGUAAGUUCUUCACCCAUGGUGUGACUGCGAUAGCCAUGGUCUUUCUCCCAUGGUGCGAUUUCCAUUUCGCGACAGAAACAGCGUUUGUAAGCGAGGGACGAUUCCUUGACAUUUUUCAUGUCGAUCUUAAUUGAUUUCUCUCUCUUUGAGGUUUAUCGGACAGCGAUGUUGCAGAGGACCUGAAUAUCCAGUCAGAUUUUUACGCAUUGGCAAA